AUGGAGGGGGCUGGGUGCAGCACAGAGGGGGCUGGGUGCAGAACAGAGGGGGCUGGGUACAACACUGAGGGGGCUUGGUGCAGAAUGGAGGUGGCGGAGGGGGUGCAGAACGGUAGAGGGGGCUGGGUGCAGAACGGUAGGGGCAGCACAGAGGGGGCUGGGUGCAGAACGGUAGGGGCUGGGUGCAGCAUGGAGGGGGCUGGGUGCAAAGCGGAGGGGGCUGGGUGCAGAACGGAGGGGGCUGGGUGCAGCAUGGAGGGGGUUGGGUGCAGAAGAGUGGGGGAUGGGUACAGCAUGGAGGGGGCUGGGUGCAGAAUGGUGGGGGCUGGGUGCAGAACAGAGGGAGCUGGGUGCAGAACGGUGGGGGCUGGGUGCAGAACAGAGGGGGCUGGAUGCAGAAUGGAGGGGGCUGGUGGAGGGGGGGGCUGGGUGCAGAAUGUUGGGGGCUGGGUGCAACAUGGAGGGGGCUGGGUGCAGAACGGUGGGGGCUGGGUGCAGAACGGUGGGGGCUGGGUGCAGAAUGGAGGGGGCUGGGUGCAGAACAGAGGGGGCUGGGUGCAGCACAGAGGGGGCUGGGUGCAGCACAGAGGGGACUGGGUGCAGAACAGAGGGGGCUGGGUGCAGCACAGAGGGGACUGGGUGCAGCACAGAGGGGGCUGGGUGCAGCACAAAGGGGGCUGGGUGCAGAAUGGAGGGGGCUGGGUGCAGCAUGGAGGGGGCUGGGUGCAGCAUGGAGGGGGCUGGGUGCAGAAUGGAUGGGGCUGGGUGCAGAAUGAAGAGGGCUGGGUGCAGAAUGGAGGGUGCUGGGUGCAGAAUGGAUGGGGCUGGGUGCAGAAUGAAGAGGGCUGGGUGCAGAAUGGAGGGUGCUGCGUACAGAAUGGAGGGGGCUGGGUGCAGAAUGGAGGGGGCUGGGUGCAAAAUGAAGAGGGCUGGGUGCAGAAUGGAGGGGGCUGGGUGCAGCUUGGUGGGAGCACACUCACUUGA